AUGAAACGCGUACGCGACGAGUGCAUCGUUCAAAAUGGUGAGGAACACUGCGGGAAAUUCAUCGGGGCGCACAAACAGAAAGGAUUGCCAUGUCGAAUCGUCGUGUUCAACGCGGACGAUGAAACGAUGAUCGGUGAUGUCAUUUCAGCAACCAAAACGGUAUUCGCAAACAGCCGCAAGAGGCAAACGCGCAAAGGGAUGGACUUUCCCGACGAUUUGGCUGACUCGGUUGCUGACGAGGGAUCGGCAACGAACGAAAUUGAUCGGGGUGAAAGCUUGACUGUAGAGGAAAUGAGCCACUUGAAGGCAACCGAACAAGAAAGCUCCUGUGCCUCUAUUCUCCCAAGAAUCACCCAUCAUCGGCGAGCAAUCAUAACAAAAUACGCUUCGAAGCGCGAUGAUGGUUCGAUGACAUCAGUGCAAGAAACUUUUGAAGAAAAAGGACCCAUCGACAAGCAGGAAUUUGCUUGGUUUAUGUUGAUGGGUUUAGCUCCACGAGCACGAAUAAUGGGAACGAAUACACGAAAUCUAAUCAUACGGCUGUCAAAAGUCGGUUUCUAUUGGGGAACG